AUGAGAAUUGCUACUUACAAUAUUAGAAAUACAUAAGAUUAAUAUCUUAAAAGAAGAGAGACAUUAAAGACCAUUAUACAAGGAUUAAAUGCUGAUGUUAUUUCUCUUUAAGAAGUAGCACUUCCAGAAUUGGAUUACUUAGCUGAAGAUUACUAAAAAUUCUUUGCUCCUAUUCAACUACAAUUCCCCUUACAUCCUGAUCCUGAAUUUAGAAUAGAUGGAAAUGCAAUCCUCGUCAGAAAAGGCAUUGAAGUUAAAAUUCAUGAAUUUGUUCAUAUUAGUGUAUUUAGAAAUAUAUAACAUAUUGUAAUUGGAGAUGUGCAUAUUUACAAUACACAUUUGCAUCAUGUUAUUGGUGAUGAUCAAGUUCGAAGUCAUCAAAUAGAUAAUAUUUUUACCUAUCUUUUGAGCUAAAUGAAUGAGAGGAUCUUUUUAAUGGGAGACUUUAACUUAACUCCUGAAUCUUAAGAAUACAAAAAAAUGAAUCAACAUUUUAAAUCAACUUAUGUCUUGGCAAACUAAAAAGAACCUGAAAUAACAUUUCCAACGGGUUUAACAGGUCCAUUCAUGGAUACUGACCCUGCUGGAACUUUUGAUUACAUAUGGAUUAGAGGAAACAAUAUUCAAGUUUAAGAAUGCCUUCUUUUUGGAUCUGAUAAAAUUGCAGAAGGAGUUUAUCCAAGUGAUCAUCUAGGAAUUUUAGGAGUAUAUAAAAUAUGA